AUGUGUGCAGAGUCCGUGGAUGCUAUGCUGACCACGCCGCCAGGGAGCAUAGCAAGCACCAAAGUUGACAUUGAGAGAAAUGAGGCUGAUGAUCUCUUACAACAAAAGCUUUGGGAAGAAAUUUGGGAGGAGCUUCGUCAGGGAAAGUAUGAUGUGGUGAUCGUGAAAAGGGGAAGUGGAAGACGGCUGACUCAGCAGCCUGCCCUCCACCACUUUGCAAGUGGCUGGCACAACUCAUCGUCUCACGAGUCGGGGAACAACCCUCUGAGUUGUGCGUACAGACUCCAGCAGAAGAAGAACAAGCAUCUGAAGUUGCCCAACCAACCACAUCAGGGCAAGCACCUGAAACAGGGACAGAACCCUCGAGUGCAACCGAUGUCACGGUGGCUGGCACAGGUACGAAAGAUUUUCAACAAGCCACCGAGGCCAAAAGGUUUCAGUGGAGUGGGCUGGAAAGACGAGGGAGCGACACUUUGGGAGCCAUCCUGCCGGGGUGCCCACUUAGGGCCAGAAGCACAAGAGCUGUGCACGGCACUUUUCCAGAUGCUAUCUUCUUUCAUCGAGCAGAAGUUUGAGGAUCCGCGCAGGGAAGCCAUCAAACUGUGUCUUGGCCAUAUUUCGGCCUCACCUUUUACAGCAACAGAGCUUGAGUCUCUGAGACAACAGUGGGCCUCCUUAUUGCCUUCAACAAAGAUGGCUUUGACGGCGCCGGAGAGACAACCUUUCCUCUUGGGAAUGAUUGGACAAUCCCUGGAAACGAUGGGGGGUCCCGAUUUUGCGAUCUACAUGGAAGGGGAAGACUCUUUCUGGACAGGUUUGACAGUUCAAUUCGUUGGCUAUCUGCUGGACUACAGAGAAUGUUUGAUGGGUAUCGCCCAGCGUCGUGGCGAGUGGUUGGUUUCAUUUGUGGAAGAGAUGCAGCUAGCGAAAGGGGUCGUCUUGACGCGGCGAUUCAACGAGUUUGUUGGAAGGUUUGAACAUGGCGUGGGGGGACUGGCACCAAGACACAAGCUGGCACCAGGGCAAUCCAUGGGGCUCAUCGUCCUCCCAAAAUUGUGGGACGACUUGGCACCAACAGGAAAAUUGGACCAGAAAGGAACUGCAUUGUCACUGAUUUUCUUUGGCAGGUGUGUUGGACAGCGUGCCCAUCAGUCUUUGAAGUUGGGUCUGCGGCUAGAGGGACAGACUUGCCAUACUCCGACAUCGAUUUGGUGUGCCUUUUUGAUCAACAUGAUCGCAGAGGGAACUUGGCGCUAUUUGCCGUUUGGCUGCAUUCUGCAGUGCGUUGAAAAAGCUCUACGGAAGCUGUCAGAUUCAAUUGACAGGAGGGACGACUACUUUGACGAAGAUGAAGAUGGCCUGUUUUCACGGAUUGGCAAGAAAUUGGAUGGCAUUUGGGUGGUACAUGGCGAAGAACACGUGAUUCGAGGCAAUUGUAUCUUCUGGAGCUCUGGCGAAGUGAGCCGAUUUCAACGGAACACCAAUGGUCCCAACGACACGAUUUCUGUUUUGGAUGGAUCAUACAGAAAAGUGGCACGAGUUCAUGGACCUUCCUUGCGGUGGCCAUCAGAGACGUGGGUGCUGAAAAGUGUUUGCAACCACAUAGCCACCAAAUGGCCAGAUCCGCCUCCCAGACCCAAACUAGAGAAAGUAGCACGAGUUUCAGAGUUGCGCUAUGCCUCCGACACUAUCAGCAAUCGGUUUUGGGAUGGAAGGCCCUUGAAGGACUUGGUCCGCGACAUCCAGCAGAAGAAGAUCGACGUCCUACACCACGAAAAUCUCAUCCUCGAUUGUGUUGCACUCCCUUUGCAAAAGGAACUUUAUUGCUUGAACAAUCGCAGGUUAUGGUGCCUGAAGCAAUGCUCUGGUUGCUCAGGCGACGCAGCUGGCCUAUGUGUCAGAGUCAAAGUGUAUGACUUUUCUGAUUCUGCUGCCUUCUUCCAGAGCAGGAUCACAUCUGCCAAUGGUGGCCUCAAAGUCUUCAUCCGCAAGUCAAAGGAUGGUGCUGAUGGUUGCCUGCUGGAGGAGGACAUGCCGGAAACUCUGCACAUCUCGUCCAAACGAAAAGCCGAGUACAUUCACUUGACCUGUGAUGGAUUCCAGGUGGAUGUGCUCAUCGGCUGCACUCCAAGCCUUUCCGGCAAGGGGCUUGCAAAAGCCAUUUUGAAAGAAGACUUCGGCCAGCGGCACCGUUGGGCGGCAGUUUGUGCUGCAGCACACAGCAGACUGCCCCAACUCAGUUCGACGCAGUGCAAAGCUGUGAAGUUGGCCAAAUUGUGGGCCUGUUUUGUGGCUUUCCCCUGCUGGGAUGAAAAGCGAAGGCCCCGCAGCUUCUUGAUUGAGCUGAUUGUCAGACACAUUUGUCUUUCAGCUGAGAGUAUGUCUGCAUGGGACAUUUUUGUGGAAUUCUUGAGGUUCUGUGCAGCGAAAAGGAUACAGCCAAUCAUGUGGGAUUGGAGUGACCUUGACAAAGACCCUCGCCUAAAUUGGGGGAAAGGUCCUCGAAUCAUUGAUCCUUUAAAUCCUACAAACAAUGUCGCAAAGCCCUUUCGCUUCUGGAGUUUUCUCCGCAAAUAUGCCCGCAAGUCUUUACAGAAGAUGGGAUACAGUGUUGGCACAGCUUCAACGAAGACCCGCUGGGAGGGGAGCGAGGAUGAUGAGGCAAUUCCGAAGGUUCCUCCUCCUAACCUUGAUGAAGUGCGAAAAGUCCUCCUGAAAAUGGAUCUCCCAUUUGAUGCAGUGGAAGGGUUGCUUGAUUCUGGUUUCACAUCCUUGGAAGUGCUGUGCCAGCUGGGGAAGGAAUCAGAUUUCCUGGAGGUUGGGAUGAACAAGGCUCAGAGCAGGUUACUUUGGAAGGCCCUCCAAGACAGGGGAUAUAUCUUCAAGAAGCUGGAAUCUGCCGGUCGUGGAGCGGGAGACACCAGUCCUGUGAACCAAGCAGAGUCCAGCCAUGAUCCCGAGAUGCGUCCUAUCCCUUUGAACUGUUACCCCGCCCAGGGCGAAGAGGGAUUUUCACGUUGCUUUCUGUUCGGCACCUUGGUCCCCGUGAUGGGAGGAGCGAAGAUUGCAGUGGAAGAGUUGCAAGAAGGCAGGGAUGCCAUUAUCGGUCCUUCGGGUAGACCUUUACAUGUUGCCGCAGUCAAACGACAUGAAUGGGAUUGGAGAUGGCUUGUGGAAUUGACUUCGUAA